CCGUGACUGAUUUCCUUUCACUCAAUUAACGCCCACCUCCUAAUGAAUUUCGAAGCUCUGUAUGAAGCUCUGUAGUCACAUCACUCAAGUAUCUUAAAUGAUCCUUGAUUUACCUCUAACACCAUUUUGGUCAACAGAUACUUUUGCCAAUCAGAUUCCUACUAUCUCAGUACAGAAUACGGAGCUAGAUAACAGCAACACGUGCAAGCCUUCGUGAUAAAUAUCACUCGCCAUGGCCGAAGGCCCGCAACUUUUGCAUGUUACAGACAUAGCGAACGAUGACCAGAAGCUGGUGGAACUUGUACGAAAAGAACUUAAGGAAUGGAGAAACUUGGAAAUUCCUGCAACUUCGUCAAACAUUACGCUAGAACAGAACUGGGUCAUUUGCAAUGAGGGUGGAAAAGAUCUCGGCACGGCAGAUCGAUCGAUUCGUGCUCUCCUCGUCACUCAGAAAGGAAAGUGGGGUGCUGUUAGAGUCGACAGUGACCCGGUCACAAAUGUUGUGACUGGUAAAGGAGACGAAUGUUACAUUGUUUUCAUAGAGCCUGGUCAGGUCUGCCGCUUUUAUCAACAACCUGCGGUCCGAUACUUCCGUCUGCAAGGCUCCUAGACGCGACGAGGUGUUGAAUCAAUGAUUCGCUCGCUCUGAGAGACAGUUCUAUCUUCGCACUCCGGCCAUUUAUGUCAAGGCCGAUAGUUGGCAGUGGCUGACCGGAUAGGUGACAUAUCAUCUCCAAACUCUGGCGAGAAACAUGGCUUUCCAAAAAAUUGAACAGUUCAGUUAGACUAAGGUGAACCGCUGUAGGUGGAGGCUGACUGUAAGGCAUGUCAAUCAAAGCUCGAUAUAUAUGUACUCAGAGGAUAUAUUUACCUCGCGAAUGCUGAGAACACGCUCCAUCGACGGCUCUCAUAAGCUUUGGCUACAGGAGCUAGGCUCGAUGGAUGCUCAACCGUCGCCCACCAUUUGGCUAUUUGCGACUCACAAUUGACAGGGUCAAC